AUGGUUACUGGUCUCGAUCUGGUAGACAUCUGGAAAAAGCUAAAUCAUAGUGAACCAGGUCACACUUUCCAUUACCAUUCGGGUUCUUCUAGGCUUGAUAGGAUUUAUGCUAGUCGAUCUUUUGCAGAUAAAUUUUUAAAUAUUUCUUUGCAGUCUUUAUCGAUUAGUGACCAUCAGUCAGUUCAAACAACACUUACUUGCUAUCUCGAUCUCCCGAAUCGUAGCAGAUCCUCUGCCGGGUUGUGGAAACUAAAUACUUUGAUAUUGUCAGAAGAAGGUUAUCAGAAAUAUGUAACUAAUUUCAUUCAGGAAUCUGCUAAUCAUCCUCUUAGGGAAAGCAAUGUAGCAAAUUGGUGGGAGAGUGUCCUGAAACCAGGUAUCAAGCGCAUUUCGGUAGAUUAUUCUAGGCAAAGAGCAAGACUGAUAAGAGAUACUAAGUUUUUCUAUCAGUCUUGCAUUCAGGAGUUGGCCGAAGCAGACACCUUUGAUUGGGUUGCCUUUCACCAGUUGAGGAAAUUCUCGAAGUCUUGGGAGGAGAGCACACUUAAAGGGUAUGGGAUUCGUUCCCGCUGCUUCGAGGGCCCAGAGGUAGAAGAAGCAAGUAUUUUUCAUGUAAAUAGAGCCAGAAUUAACUACCGUAAGUGUCGCAUUGAUAAAAUAAUUGCCUCUAAUGGCACUUGCUUAUCGACCAAAGAGGACAUUUCAGCAGAGAUUGUUUCAAAUUUUACAAAAAUUUUUAAAAAUCAACCUCCUCCUGACACACUGGCAGAGACUGAGUUCCUUGAGGGAGUAAGAGAUUGCUUUAAGCCAACCCCAAACCUAACGGCACCGAUUUCGCUUCUUGAGAUUAGAGCUGCUCUAAUAGCAAUGAAGUCAAACAAGUCUCCUGGCACCGAUGGCAUUCCUUACGAGUUUUACGUAAAUUUUGGGACGUGAUCGCCCCCCAUUUCUUGGAUAUGUUUAAUCAUAUCCUAG